AUGGGGAACGACUCCUUCACUGCCGAGGGAAUGCCUUCGCCACAAAGGAUCCUCUUUCCUCCGGAGAUGGUUUGCAUGGAGUGGCGGCAACGACAGAGAGCUGGAGCGGGACUCCACAACCUGGACAAUACGUGCUUCCUCAACUCCGUCCUGCAGUGCUUGACGUACACACCCCCUCUGGCCAACUACCUGCUCUCUGGGGAGCACAGCCAGGCGUGUCGUGAGCGAGGCUUCUGCAUGAUGUGCAUAAUGGAAGCACACGUUAACAAGGUCCUGCGUUCCUCAGGCAGUGCCAUCAAGCCUUUGGCUGUCAUCAGUGUCCUCCCACUCACAUGCUUGAGCUGCAAAGCGGUUUCCGACUCCUACGAGGCCUUCCUGGAUGUUCCUUUGGAUAUAAAAGCAGCCUCCUCUGUCAGCGCAGCUCUCAAGGACUUUGUGAAACCCGAGCAGCUGGAUGGCGAAAACUGCUUUAAAUGUAGCAAGUGUGACAAGAGGGUUGCCGCCUCCAAGAGGUUUACAGUCCAUCGCCCGCCCAAGGUUCUCACGCUGUGUCUCAAACGGUUUGACGAUUUCAUCGGCGAGAAGAUCAACAAGCUUGUGGAGUAUCCCGCGUACUUGGAUCUUCGCCCGUACAUGUCUGAGGCAGCUGGAGAACCGCUGCUCUACUCCUUAUACGCCGUGGUGGUGCAUAGCGGUGUCAGCUGUGGUUCAGGACACUAUUUCUGCUACGCAAAGGCCAGCAAUGGACUGUGGUAUGAGAUGGACGAUAUGCGUGUGGAUCCAUGUGGCAUCGAGAGAGUUCUCAGGCAGCAAGCCUAUUUACUGUUUUAUGUCAGGCGCUCUGAUUUGAAAAGUGGAGAAAGGGCUUCUUCCGCACAGGUGCCAUCAUAUGCCCCUUCCUUCUUCAAGCAGCGGGCGGCUGGCAGCAAGCAG